ACCCAACCCAAUUAGCACGAAACACACAGUAUCUAGCUAUCUAGCAAUAGCCAGCACACAACAGAACGCAGGUUAACCUGGCCAUCAUGGAGCUCCUCCCUUGCAUCGCCACGCUCCUCAUCCUCCUCUCUUGCUCCCUGGCAGCAGCAACGUCGCCUCUGGGGACAAUCGAGCGCGUAACUAAGCAGCAAAUCCUGGCAAGCAUCCCCCCGGUCGGGGGCGCGCCCGUGCUCUUCCUCACGUCGCCGUCCGGCAAGUACGCGGCCUACUUCGUGCGCACGCACACCGUGCCGGGCGCCGGCGGCCUCGGCGCCGACUUCUGCUACGUCGAGAUCAUCGACACCACCACGACGGCCGCCUCCGGCGCACAUGGCGGCACCGUCGAGGGCGAGGAGGAGGGCGCUGCUGGGACGAGCGUGUGGGAGUCGGAGUGCCAUCCCAUCAGCACCGUCAACACGUGCGCGCUGCUCUUCUCGUGGCAUGGGCUGGAGGUGUUCGACGGCGCCGAGGAGGUGUGGCACGGCGAGACUAACACCGACGGCACCAACUUCCUCGAGACGCUCGAGCUCGUGGACGACGGCGACAUGCGCAUCCGCGACAAGGACGGCGAGCUCGCGUGGCGCGCCAGCGACGAGCCGCGGCACGCGCAGCACUGCGGCGCGCCGGGCUCGCCGGGGCUCGCCGCUGCGCUCCCGCCCUUCGCCGAGCCGCUCGGCGCGCACAGCAGCAACCUGCCCUUCGGCCAGGAACCGGAUGGCAACGGACACUCGGCCGAGCUGCCCCAGGCGGCUGAUGUCGGCAGCGGAGCAGCGGCCUUUGGUGGCGCCGCAGGGGUGACUGGGCCGGAGCUCGGGCAGGGAGAGCACGACCCGGCAGGCGUGGGUGGCGCCGCGGCCGGGUUCGGUACCCAGCCCUUAGUGGACAACAGUCCCUAUGACAGCGGGGCCUGGAAGGAGGGCCGUGGGGCCCACAUCACCGCCAUAGGUGUCGCUCUUUGCGUAUGCGCUGUGCUUGGCGCCAUGGGCACGGGUCUCUGAUGCCACUGCUGCUGCAAUUGGUUGGCCGUGUCCUUUGGGUGGGGUGGGUCAUGUUUGGUGUUUGCAAAUUGCAAUGGGUGAUGGUUAAGUAUGUUUUCUUUUCUUCUUUUUAUAGUUAUUCGCUUGUAUCAAAUAUCGUGUAAGAGGGAAUGUUUAUCUAAUUGUAAUCGAUAUAGUUAUUAUAUCUCUACUAUAAUUGAAAUCUUCUUCAAGUCACA